GCAGCCAACAGCAUUCAAACCUUGCAGAGUUUUGCUCUCUGAGAGCUUGUAAUAAGACACACUCUUAUAAGAGUUCAUGCUACAACCUAGCAAAGAAUUUUAAAUUUUUGGAAGAACAAUAUAUUCAUUUUGGCAUUCUGCAGAGGUACUAACUCUAUCUUUCUGCUUUAAAGCAAAGUACACUUGGUGGCCUCUCCUCCUCCAUUCCUCAAAAUGAUAGCAGUCUCUGCAGUCAGCAGUGCACUCCUGUUCUCCCUUCUCUGUGAAGCAAGUGCCGUGGUCUUACUCAAUUCCACUGACUCAUCCCUGCCAACCAAUAAUUUCACUGAUAUUGAAGCAGCACUGAAAGCACAACUAGAUUCUGCGGAUAUCCCCAAAGCCAGGCGGAAGCGCUACAUUUCGCAGAAUGACAUGAUCGCCAUUCUUGAUUACCAUAAUCAAGUUCGGGGCAAGGUGUUCCCACCGGCAGCAAACAUGGAAUAUAUGGUUUGGGAUGAAAAUCUUGCAAAAUCUGCGGAGGCGUGGGCAGCUACUUGCAUUUGGGACCAUGGACCUUCUUAUUUACUGAGAUUUUUGGGCCAAAACCUUUCUGUACGAACUGGAAGAUAUCGCUCUAUUCUCCAGUUGGUCAAGCCGUGGUAUGAUGAGGUGAAAGAUUAUGCUUUCCCAUAUCCUCAGGAUUGCAACCCCAGAUGUCCUAUGAGAUGUUUUGGCCCCAUGUGCACACAUUAUACACAGAUGGUUUGGGCCACCUCCAAUCGGGUAGGAUGUGCAAUUCAUACUUGUCAAAACAUGAAUGUCUGGGGAGCUGUGUGGCGACGUGCAGUUUACCUGGUAUGCAACUAUGCCCCAAAGGGCAAUUGGAUUGGAGAAGCACCCUAUAAAGUAGGAGUACCAUGUUCUGCUUGCCCUCCAAGUUACGGAGGCUCUUGUACUGAUAAUCUUUGUUUUCCAGGAGUAACAUCAAACUACCUAUACUGGUUUAAAUAAGCUUAUCUUUUCCUCCAGGAAACAGAAUGUUUUCUGGGACUAAUAGGCAUAUAUAUAUAUUGAGUUUUGCACAUAUUAUACAUAUUUUAUAAUAAUCUUGUUUUCCUUUUAUUAUUCCUUGUAUAUAAAUUAGUGUUUGUCUAGUUUGUUUGUUUCAUCUUUGAGGUAAUCAAAACAUCCAUUUCUAUCUUCUGACCUCUAAGCCCAAGUUAGAAUGGUGUCUAUGUAGUAUUGACAUAGUUGAGGCAUCCAGUUCUAAAACUUACUUUCCAAAAAGAAGAUGUUACAUUUGUGAGGAAUAAAAUAUAUAUAUUUGACCUGUAAUUCAUGUGUAUGUAUGUAGAUAUACAUAUACACAUAGGUGUAUAUGUAUAUUUACAUGCAGAGACAUGUAAUAGAUGAUGUAAUACAGGCAAUAAUGUAAUUCAGUAGUUAACUUGAGGGAAAUUUAAAAUUACACUAUUCUAAAAAUAUAUAUGAGGUGCUGGGACAUCUUCAGCUCCCAUUCCUAUAAUACCUACAAAGUGAUAAUUUACGAGAUAACAUUGAGUGAUCUCUGGGCUUAAUAAUUUAAUUAAGCAACCAAGGAUUUUAUUCUGGAGGUAUCUUGUCUUAUUUGGGUUCACCAAAGGAUAUGCUCAACUUAUGUAAGGUCACAUCAUGCAUUUUGCUUAAUCUCUUUUAUUGAAUUAGUAAUCAUGUGUUGAGUGCUUCCUAUGUGCAAGGCACUCUGUUAGUUAUGUUCUGAUAAUGCAAAAAUCAUGAGAUACGGUUCCUGCCUUCAAGAAGCUCACAAAAAAUAUUCAGGAAACAAUGCAGCUUAAGAUUUCACUGCAAAAUUACAGUUUUUUAACAAACUGAUGUCAGUGUAAGUUUGAGGAACUAGAUGCCACAAUGGUCACCUAUAGGUGAAACAGGUGAUGAGAACACCGUAAUAUGAAAGGCUUCUGAUUAGCAGGAAAAUGUAGCUACACCACUUGGAACUAAAAGAGGCUGAACUGCCCAGGGAUUACUGUACCAGAGUAAGUAUUUGUGAAUUCGGAAGGCAGAGGCAAGACGCUGAAAAACCUGACAAAGCCCAGGAGAAUUAAGAUUUAGGAGACAGGUAUGAAAAGUGACAGAGACCAGGUCACUGCACAAAAAAUUACAGGUGAGAGCUUCAGAAGGGCUUAUCCGGAGAGUCUUGUAUAUCCUGAGGCCUGUCAGCAGGGGUGAAGGGUGCCAGAGACAUGUGAGAUGCCAAGGACAUUUGCAUCUCUUCACAUCAUUGUUUGGUGAGCAUCCCUCCAAUCAUCAUAAAGAUCCUGCAUGCACAGCAUGGUUAGGGUUUGGCAAAGUGACCCUCUUCAGAUGAUUUGCUAAGGACUACUUAGCAAAGCUUAAUUCUGUGUCCACGUAGAAGAAUAAUUUUUCAGUUCUCCAUUAAGUUGGAUUGUGGAAAUCAAAUCAAAGUCACUGUGACAAUUUCACUCAUGUGGUUUGGAAAUGCAAUGUUUCCUCCUUCAGGAAUUUGCUAUUAGAGAAAAAAUUCAACAUCUGGGUCGAGACAUCUUAUAUUAUGGUGUGUGUGUGUGUGUGUGUGUGUGUGUGUUUUCACAAGUUCUGUAAUGCUUCCAUAGAAUUACAGCAUAAGCAAACAGGGUUAGUUCCAGAGUGCAAAUAACAGAAGGAAGCUACUUGUUUAAAAUUCUCUUCACAUUUGCAGUUUUUUAGGGCGGAGGCACUGAAAGUUGACAAUUAAAUCCAGUCAACGAGGGAAAAAUUCACCAUCUGGAGUUCUGGGUUUGCAUGAUGACAAACAAUUGGUCUGAUUCCUUUUUACAAAUUAAAUGUGGUGACCAAAAGUUUUUGAUAUCAUACUACUCUGCUUUUGUGGGCACAUACAUAGACUGUAUUAAAAAUAAAUGUUUUGGGAGACUAAACUGGAGAGCAGAAGUAGUUGUAAGUAAGAUUCAAGCCCCAGUCUAACUUUUAUCUAGCUAUGGGCAAUUGGAGAGAAAGCUAAUUAGUGGGAGGUUUACAUGCUUUCUCUACAAAGUAUUUCCAACUUACAUUUCCCUAGAGUUCUUCUAUAGAAGUAGCAAAAGUACUAUUAAACAAAGAUGACUGUUCUCAGUUCCAGUCCUGUUGCUGGAUUGCUUGUGUGGCUUGGUUUCUCAGUUCUGAAAAAGAAUAAUGAUAUUUGCUACAUAUUUCACAGAGGUUCCUCCUAUGAGACUAAAGUUACCAUAUUAAUAGCAAAUUUAUGAAUAGUAAAAGCAUCAUUAAUGUUGUGAAACUUAUUGGAAAAAAUUAAGUUUUAUGAGCUUCUCUUUGGCAGAAACUGUCUGAUUCUCAUCCCAACUUCUUAUAGAGUGCCUAUAAUGCAGUAAGUGUUUAAUAAAUGUGUCUAUGAAUAUAUUUUUAGAAUUAACUAUAAAGUUAGAAUUAUUCUAUAAACUAGAAUUGCAACAAUUUAAGGGAUUCCCUCCUUUCUGUAUUUUAUUAAGACAAAAAAUGUCUUAAAUAUAAAGCUCUGGAUGCAUCAGAAAUCCAGAUAAGUCAUCAAACAUACCAGAUUAAGACCUAGGAUCUAGGCAUGAAUAACUUACACCACAAUCCUUUCCAAAUCACAACUAGAGCUAUGCAUUUAUUUGUAACUUAACAACUCAGCUGAAAAUAUAACGGGUAUUUUUGUUAUGCUAUGUGUACUUUUUAAAGUGAGUAGCGUAAGGUAGGCAAGUGAAAUGUUUCAUUUUCCAGGCAAAAGCAAAUGAAAAUUUGCUGAUAUCCACAGUGUGCUCUGUUUUUCACAGCAUUCAACCAUGGUGCUAAGAUGGCUCCUUCUUCCUGUAAUUCCCAGGGGCAGAAAGAGUCUGGGUAUCGGAUAUUUCUUAAGAGCAGCUUUAAACAGUCAAUGUUGAGGUUUUCAUUUCCAAACAUAUCACUCAAAAGAAAGAGUAUUCUCCAUAUUCUCCAUAUUCCACAGUAUAGAGCCUCUCUCUAUGGCAAAGAGUUUUCAGAUCAUUUAUACAGUAGAAAAGAAAACACUCUGUCACAAUACAGGACUUUUUUUUUUUUUUUUGCUUCCAUGUCAUCAGGAAAAAUGACAAUUUUAACUCUUAAACUGAUGGAUUUCUUUACAGAAUUGUAUUUAAGUCGUGUAGGCACAAUCUUAAUGUUGCUGGUUAUGACAGAUAAGUUUGCUUUUAAAAUGUGGUGGAAACAAUUUUUAUUAGUACCAUUUUUGCUUCUGUUCAGUAGUCUAAGCGUCAUGAUUUCUGUGGUCCGUCAGGGUUUCCCCUACCAGCUUCACUUGGCAGCGCCAUAGCGUUCACUUGAAACCUUCGUGGAAACAUUCAUUCGAAAGAUCCGUGCAGCUCUAGCACAGAGCUGACCAAACACGAAGGCAAGUUGACCCAGUACGAUUUACUCAGACUAUUUGGACUGAAACAGCGUGCAUUUUUCUCAUUAAUACAUGCUUGUAUUAAAUCAACUUAUAACAUCUACAGAAGCAAACCUGAUACACAUUUAGACCAGCUGAAGUGUUUUAUCUUCAUACCCUACUAGUAAAUGAAUAUAUAAGCUACACAGGCAAUUUGAUUGUGUCCAGGAAGGAAAAGUAACAGCCUGUGCUCUGUGUUCUCCCCUUUGUAAAACACCAUUCCCUGUCUUCCUCAGUAUCAAAGGAUGCAAAUUUUGACAUAAAUGGAAGCUUUUACCUACCAAAGUGUUUAGGGAGAGUAAAGUUAGAUUUCUAUCAGUGCCUAACAGUAUAUUUGAUAUAUAUAGUUUCUAUAAACAGUAUAUAUAUAUAUAUAUAUAUAUAUAUAUAUAUAUAUAUAAUAUUGUCAUUAUUUGUGUGGAGAGAGACAUAUUUAAACACAUGCAAAAUUAUUUUCAAAAAUUAUGCCAUGAUAUAAUUUUGUCUUAUGAGAGGUCAAUCAAAAGUUUACAAAGUUUAACAGUUCACUCGUUAAUGCUGCUGAAAUGCAUUAAAACCACCAUAUACUUGUUACCAUUUUGAGGUUCUUUUCAGUUAAAGUUUUUACUAAGUGUGAACUAUCGAUAUUGAUUAUUGAUUCUGGUGCUAAAUACGUGGUGCUAAAUGAAUUGUUAGUGUUAAUAGUUUUAGUAAUGCUCUUUUUAUUCAUUGUUAAAAGUGAUAUCCGUUCAAUUUCUGAUUCAGAAAUAUUAAUAAGAUCCUGUUAAAUUAAUGUUACCCAGAAAUGGGCCAGUGAACUCUAUUUAUCUAACAAUCCAACAUUACCUAGGUGUUACAGAAUGUAAAUAUAAUUUUUUAGAAGUUAUCAAUUUCCUUUUUUUAAAGUCAUUUUUAGCUUGGCAGUGUCCAAAUUCAAGUAUCACCUGAAGGUUGGAGUACACCUACACCAGUCGUGCUGCGGACACUGGCGCCCUCUGGUGAUUGUGAAAAUAGAUUUUUGGUGGCUGCUUGGGUUGCAAAAAGAGCAGUUUCUUUUGUUCAAAAAAAUUUAAGUUCCUCAAUAUUGGAACUCUUGGGUACUCUUUAAGUCUGACAGCAUUUGAAAAUGCUUGGCUGUAUUGAUAUAAUUUUCGGAGAGGAUAAGAGAGAGACUAUGUCUUGGCAUCCACUUUCUUAAAUAAUAAUGUUUUGUAAUGAUAUUUUAGUUCUAAGGUGCUCAUCGAAGUGUUUUUUUUUAAACUAAGUAUUACUAAAGUAUGUUUUUCACUUGGUUUACAACAUAAAUACAAUUAGAGUUAAAGUUAGGGAACAGAAUUAUAAGUAUGUCUCAUUUUCAGAAGUGAUUAUUUUUAUUUAACGUAGUAUGUAAGAUUAAAAGGAGAUAUGUUAAAAUAAUUCAUUUCAUAAAAAAGGAUUACAUCUCUAUUUUUACUUGUUGGUCUAAAAUCUGAUAACGUUCUCUGGUCAUAGUAUUUAGCUAAUGAUAAAAUUGUAUUAUUCCAUUCAAAGUCCUUCUAGCCUAACAGAUGUAUAUAAAAACUUAGAAUUAUAUCACUUGAUAUAACUAAUGAAGACAAAAGUCUUUUGUAAACUUCCAGUUGAGGUUGUCAUUGACAUUAUGUGUAGGUACCACACAAUUGUGAGAACCUGUUCGGACAGGAAUGUUUCUUAUACUAUGUUAGCAUAACCGAAUGAAAUAUAUUUUGAAGCAGUUUUCUACAGUUUUCAAACUUAUUUUAAAGCAAAAGAACACUUUUUAUGAUCUCAAUUAUAUAUAAAACUCUAACAUAUACUGCAUACAAAAUGGAUCUGCUCAAACUCCAAACUUUCCCCAGUGAGCAGAAUGGUUUUUCGUAGAGCCCAAGAAUUCCAUUAAACAGAAAAACAUGAUCUAAAACAUCCAGUUCCCCCCUAUUUUUCUCUAAAAUAAUCAGGUAAUUAAAAUAAGAAAAAAUUUGAGGCACUGAAUUAUUUCAAUACCCACUUCACUUUACUGGUGUGAUGAAGAAUCAAAUGUUAACUUUGGUGUUUGCAGAUAACUUACAGGAUCUCAUGUUUUGUUGUUUGACAAACAGAAUUUUGGUACCAUUGUAGUUUGGGAAUUGGAGAUAAUUGUGGUGCACAUAUGAAAACAAUGUAUUUUUUAAAUAUCUAAACAUUUUGAAUAUGUACAUAAUCCUAAAAUAUACCAUAUCGAUUUACAUUUUUUUAAAGACUAAUUUGGAUAAGUUUUAUUCGUUACCUAACACUGUGGCAGUGAAAGGUGCUUUGAUUUUGUGAUAUAAUGUCAUGAAUGUGUACAUACAUAAAACCUGUGUAAACCUCUGUUCUUAUAAAGCAUAACAAGUGUAGCUUUUUGAACUCUGCUAUAUUUUCUUUCUUUCAAUAAAAUACUAUAAUUGUUUUGUUUUA